CGGGGCUCGGGGCCGUGAAAGCCUCAUUCAUCGCCGGCGGCGGAGAGUCACGGCCGGGCCCCGCCAUGCGCCGCGCCCCGCUGCUGCUCCUGGCGCUGCUGCUGGGCUCGGGCCUCGCCGACAGCCCGCGGGGCAAACAGCGAGCGGCGCGGCCGCGGGAGGUGCUGGAAGCGUACAACGGCGUCUGCCUGCAGGGCCCCAGCGGUGUCCCUGGACGGGACGGGAACCCUGGAACCAACGGGAUCCCGGGGACACCGGGAAUCCCGGGGCGGGACGGGCCCAAGGGAGAAAAGGGCGAGUGCCUGCGGGAGAGCAUUGAGGAGUCCUGGACGCCCAACUUCAAGCAGUGCUCGUGGAGUGCACUGAACUACGGCAUAGACCUGGGGAAAAUAGCGGAAUGUACGUUCACAAAGAUGCGCUCCAACAGUGCUCUCAGAGUCCUGUUCAGUGGAUCGCUGCGGCUGAAGUGCCGAAGCGCCUGUUGUCAGCGCUGGUACUUCACUUUCAAUGGAGCAGAAUGCGCCGGGCCACUUCCCAUUGAAGCCAUAAUAUAUUUAGAUCAAGGCAGUCCAGAGCUGAAUUCUACUAUCAACAUACACCGAACCUCCUCAGUGGAAGGUCUGUGUGAAGGGAUCAACGCCGGCUUGGUGGACGUGGCCAUUUGGGUCGGGACUUGCUCUGACUACCCCAGGGGAGAUGCUUCUACUGGAUGGAAUUCAGUCUCCCGUAUCAUCAUUGAAGAACUGCCGAAAUAAGUCUCCCUCCCUUUUUAUAAUCCCUAUUUUUAUUUUGUACAAUUUUCUACAAAACUUAUUUAGAGUUGGAUGCAGGUUUUUGUCUAAAAGGCACCAAACUCUGCACUUGUAGUGUUUGUCUAACUUUUUUUUUUUUUGCACAUUGCAGAGGCUUUUAGUAAUAAUCAUUUUAGAAUAUAAGAACCAACUUCAUUAACGUUUAAUAUCCCUUUUUGAUAUAUGAAGAUAUACCACCACAAUUUUUAAGAGUUAAGUGUAAUUUUUUUGUAUCAAAUAAAGAAGACUUUUCCAUAAAAAUAACAUCCAAGGUAUUUUAUUGGUCAGCAAACUUUAAGGUAUUUGACACAGCACUGUGGUACACACUUGUUUUACAAGACUUCAGAGUUGUACAUAAGUACAGGUCUUGGCGUUAGUCUUUGAAAUGUACACACAUAACAUCUGCUCCUGUGAAACAAUGUGGAAAUGGAUACUCUGCUGUUAAAGUCUUAUGUCUCCCAGCAACCUCCUGUGACUUAACUGGAACCUUGCUGACGAUCGGUAAGCGUUAAAUAUGUUCUGAACAACUAAGUAAAAACAGACUAUCCAAGCUUUACUUCCCUCCUGCACUUGAGAGACCAGAUUUCAGUGCAAAUAUCUAUUAAUCAUCUAUGAAAAAAAACCAGAGUAUUUUUACAGUUCCAAAACUCAGGUUUCAUUUCCCCAACAAAUAGUUCUCCUGAGUUUAGCCUGUCAGAUAUACACAAUCACUUUGGUGUGAAAGCUGGAUAUGUGAAGUGGUUUGGAAGCUACAGAAGUAAGGCAGGCUGAAAUGCCUUGGCUUUCCUAAAGUGGACUGCUCAGCUGAAAGAAUGAUGUUGCAGACAUUUGACUGCAGCCUCCAAAGUGGAGAAGAAAUGAGGAGUGGCAGCACUGACCAUGGUGUGCCUUGGAGUUAGUGCAGCAUUAAGCAGCAGUGCUUUAAGGAUUCUCUUCCCAACACAGUAAGUGAUAUACUCAAACCAUCAAAAAGUGCAGAUUCUAAAGGGAAAAUAUAAUUGUGUUUACAUUACAAAAUAAAUUUCACAUAAAUGCAAUAAGAAAAACAAAAAGCAUGUAUAACAUGCAGAAAUAUACCUUGUCCAGAAAUUAAAUGGAAAAGCAUUAAAUCUGAGAGAUGGAUUUAUUUUAGCUAUUUGAUACUAAAUCCUAGCUUUUCUUCUAAACAGGUUAUAAAACUUUCCCCAGCCAUGUCUUAAAUUGUUAGUUCAACUGCACCUUUAAAAGAGGAACACACCUGCAGGUAAGAGAGCAUUCAGGUUUUCCUCACCAUGAGCUUACGUGUGAUGCUACUGCAGGCCAGCACCUUGCUCAGCUGCUCUUUGUCUCUGGAGAACUGUUACUGUUUCAUUGGUUGGGAAGAUAGUAUGAGCUAAGACACUAUGGGCUCAGUGGUGUGAAUUUACUGCACGUUAGUCAGCAGUCAGUAGCCAACUGUGUAUGUCCUAGUGACCUGUCUUUAUGCUUACCCUGCAUCUCAAGUCCCGUUCAGGUCUGGAACACUCCAGGGAAGUAAGUGCGUGACUUCUUUUAUUACUUUUUUAUGGUUUAUUCACUAUAUAUUUUGGACCCUGCAUACUAGAAAACACAGAAACCCAUGUAAAAGCUUUCCAAAGGCAAAAGAAAGUAGUAGCUAUUAAGACUUUGUUAAUUUGCACAGUAAACUUCUGGUAAAUUUUGAUUUUCAUCUAAAUGUCAAUGGAAGCUUUAAUAAUAAUAAU